AUGACGGACAAGCUCCCCCCUCCGCUUUUGGCGCUCUUCCAACCUCGCCCGCCUCUGCGUUAUGUCACUCCCAUCAACCGUGCCCCAGAAGACUGCAAGAAGAGUAGCAUUGGUGGCAUUGCGCAGUUUCUGCCUGAGGUGAAGAAGUACGAGGAAGAGAUCCCAUAUACGCCUACGGAAAGCUGGAUCCAGCGCAAAUUGCGCCAGAAGGUGGAGAAGAAAGAGAACAUUAACAAGCAAUUGACGGAAGGCCUCGAGACUUAUGAACCAUCCAACGACCAACAAGCACGAGGCGAUCCAUUCAAGACGCUGUUUGUCGCUCGACUGAGCUACGAUGUUAAGGAAUCGGACCUGGAACGGGAGUUUGGCCGUUUCGGUCCUAUUGAACGGAUUCGCAUCGUGAAAGACACCGUAACGCCAAAGGGCUCGAAGAAACCACACAGAGGAUAUGCUUUUAUUGUCUAUGAGCGCGAAAAGGAUAUGAAAGCUGCCUACAAGGAAACGGAUGGUAUCCGCAUUAAGGACCGCCGUGUCUUGGUUGACGUCGAGCGCGGUCGUACAGUCAAGGGAUGGAAGCCUCGUCGCUUUGGUGGUGGUCUCGGAGGUCGUGGUUACACCAAGGCCUUGCCCUCUCGACCUAUCGGCCCUGGCUCUUUCAACGCCCCCUCUGGUCCUGGUGGCUAUGGUGGUGGAUUCCGUGGUGGGUUCGGCGGCAGAGGUGGCUUCAAGGGAGGAUUCCGCGGUGAUCGUGGAUUUGGUGGGCCCCGUGGAGGUGUCGGAUACCAAGGUGGUCGCAACGGAUUCGGUGGAGGUGGACAGGCUCCCCCCAACGCCCCUUCAGGUCCGGGAGGCGGACGCAGCGGUGGAUUCGGUGGUGGUCCCCCUGGCGGCGGCAGAUUUGAGCGUGAACCCCGCGGCGCUACUGGCAGCAACAGAGAACCCAUCAGGCCCCGGGACGGGUUUGGCGACCGCGAUCGUCGAGACCGGGAUCGGGACCGCGACGGUGACCGUCACCGGGACCGUGACAGGGAUAGCUAUCGCUACCGUGACCGGGACCGUGAACGCGACCGCGAUCGUGGUGACAGGUACGGAGGCCGGGGCGACGACUACGGGCGGAAGCGAUACCAUGAAGAUGAUUCGUAUGAUGACCCCCGUGCCAAAAGAAGAUACUGA